UCUAAUUUUAUUUGAUGGCCAGAAAAUCAGCACCGCCUUUUACUUCCACACCCAACUCCUCCUUCUUCAUUCGUUGCUUUUUUCACUGUAAAUGGCACUUCAAUGACUACUUCCCUUUGCAAUAGAACAUCCACCAGCUCAAAGUUUCGAUUUUUAAAUUCGUUCCUUCGUGAGCACCUCAAUGGCCCCUUCCAUGCCAUCUCUGCCACCAAGCUACGCUCUUUCCAUCAGGGACGACCAAUUGGAUGCCAAAGGAGCAAGUGCGCUUUCCUUGUGCACUGAGAAUGAUGAUGAUGAUAAUGAUGAAGAUGAUGAUGAUGGUAGAGGUUUUAAUGCUGAGUCAUGUGCUGACUCAGAUGAGGUUGAUAGGGUAUGCAAGGUGAUUGAUGAAUUGUUUGCAUUGGAUAGGAAUAUGGAGGCUGUUCUUGAUGAAUGUGGGGUUCAGUUGUCACAUGAUUUGGUUAUGGAUGUGCUGCAGCGGUUCAAGCAUGCAAGGAAGCCGGCAUUUCGGUUCUUUUGUUGGGCCGGGGGAAGGCCUGGAUUUGCCCAUGAUUCCAGAACUUAUAACUCCAUGAUGCAUAUUCUUGGGAAGACAAUACAAUUUGAGACGAUGGUGGCAAUGCUUGAGGAAAUGGGGGAGAAGGGCCUUUUGACAAUGGAGACUUUCUCCAUUGCUAUCAAAUCCUUUGCUGCCUCAAAGGAGAGGAAAAACUCUGUUGGGGUCUUUGAUCUGAUGAAGAAGUACAAGUUUAGAGUGGAUGCUGAUGCAAUUAAUUUCUUGCUUGAUAGCCUUGGCAGGGCGAAGCUUGGUAAAGAAGCUCAAGCAGUUUUUGAAAAACUGAAGGGUAGAUUUACGCAUGAUUUGCAAACUUACACCGUACUUUUUAAUGGUUGGUGCAGGGUAAAAAACUUGCUGGAAGCAGGGAGAGUGUGGAAUGAGAUGAUUGAUAAGGGAUUUAAGCCAGAUGUUGUUGCACAUAAUAUUAUGCUUGAAGGAUUGCUAAGGUGUAAGAAGAAAUCAGAUGCCAUCAAGUUAUUUGAAAUCAUGAAGGCCAAAGGUCCAUAUCCCAAUGUUAGGAGCUAUACGAUUAUGAUACAGGACUUUUGCAAGAAAAAAAGUAUGAUAGAUGCUGAAGAGUAUUUCGAUGAAAUGAUAGAUCGUGGGUGUCAACCGGACGCUGCACUUUACACGUGUUUGAUCACUGGGUUUGGGAGGCAGAGGAGAAUGGAUUUGAUAUCUGAUCUACUGAAGACAAUGAGGAAAAGAGGUUGUCCACCUGACGGGAAGACCUACAAUGCUUUGAUAAAAGUGAUGACAAGCCAGCAUAUGCCGGAUGAUGCAAUGCGAAUAUACAAGAUGAUGAUUCAAAGUGGCAUCAAGCCUACAAUUCACACUUACAACAUGAUAAUGAAAUCUUAUUUUGUGACAAAGAACUAUGAAAUGGGACAUGCCAUAUGGGAUGAGAUGCAUCAUAUGGGGUGUUAUCCUGAUGAUAAUUCCUACACUCUAUUCAUCGGAGGCCUUAUAAGACAGGGAAGAUCAGGCGAGGCAUGUAGAUAUAUAGAGGAAAUGAUAGCGAAGGGGAUGAAAGCUCCUCAACUUGAUUAUAACAAGUUUGCUGCUGAUUUUUCAAAAGCUGGGAAUCCUGGCAUACUUGAGGAGUUGGCUAAAAAGUUGAAAAUUGCCGGUAAAUUUGAGGUCUCCAAUGUUAUUGACAGUUGGGCUGAGAUGAUGAGGAAAAGUGCCAGGAGAAGAGAGCCUACAUAUUCAGGUGGGUGGUUCACAUAAACACUCGGCACGUCAAUGGUGUAACUAACUCAAUUUUAUUGACUACCAAUCAGCUAGUUUGUCUUUAGUUUAUGUCUUCUGGUUUUUGGUACUUUGUAUUUGACUAUUUGUAUAUUGAUAUUAAUGUUGGUUGAAAAUUAUAAGCUAAUGUUGUAUGAUGUCGU